UAUUUAUUAAUAGAGUACUGAAUAAAGUCUGUGGUGUGCUUUUCAGCUGGGCAUCAUUCAAAAUGAAGACCAUGUUAACGUAUUUUUUACUAAUUUCUAUUCCUGCAAUAAUAUCCUCUGAUAUAAUAAUAGAAGUAGACCGCCAACAGAGUGACUAUGUGAAUCCUGGGUCAAGUAUUUCGAAGUUGUCCCAAAGAACAGUGAAGAAGAGGAGCCCAACGGACCCCAGACCAACACCUCUGCGGGAGCUCGAAAUCUACAGCAUGAAGAUUGACUCCAAAGUCACGUCUCGAUUUGCUCACAAUGUGAUAAACAGUCGAGUGGUGAAUCGAGCCAAUGAUUCGCGGGAAGCUUACUUUGAGAUCGAGCUGCCCAAAACAGCCUUCAUCACCAAUUUCAACAUGACUCUGGAUGGAGUGACCUAUGUGGGAGCUGUGAAAGAGAAGGAAGCUGCACAGAAACAGUACCAACAAGCAGUUUCAAUGGGACAGACUGCAGGGAUUGUACAGCGAUCGGGAAGAAAAAUGGAAAAGUUUGAUGUGUCCGUAAAUAUUGCACCAACCAAAAAAGUCACAUUUGAACUAACGUAUGAAGAAUUAUUAAAACGGCACUUGGGCAAAUAUGAAAUGAGCAUCCGAGUGAACCCCAAGCAGCUGGUCAAUCACUUCCAGAUUGAUGUACAUAUUUUUGAACAACAAGGAAUUUCCUUUCUGGAUGUUGAUGCAAAGUUCCCAAAGGAUGAGUUUGCUUCAAUUGUGAGGAAGAGUCUGAAUGGAACGAAGGGGCAUGUUUCCUUCAAACCAUCUCUGAGACAACAGCGCACGUGCCAUGAUUGUCAUGAUACAGUUCUGGAUGGAGAAUUCAAUAUAUAUUAUGAUGUCCAUAGAGAUCUGUCUGCAGGCUCUAUUCAGAUUGUAAAUGGGUAUUUUGUGCAUCAUUUUGCACCUGCCAACUUAACCAAGAUUCCAAAAAAUGUUAUAUUUGUGAUAGACCACAGCGGAUCCAUGUCAGGCACUAAAAUGCGACAGACAAAUGAAGCCCUUGUAAAAAUACUGGAUGACAUGGACGAAAAGGAUCAUUUUGCUAUUAUAAUAUUUGAUGAUGCUCAUGAAACAUGGAGGAAUUCCCUGUUUCAAGCAAGCCGGGGAAAUGUGGAUGAUGCCAAAACUUUUGUGCGAACAAUUAUGCCCAUUGGAGCAACAAAUAUAAAUUCCCCUAUGCUGAAAGCAGUGGAGCUUCUGAACAAGGCCCAUCAAGAAAAGAAACUACCUGAAAGGAGUGUCUCCAUGAUUAUUUUGUUAACUGAUGGUGAUCCAAAUACUGGAGUAUCAAAUCCCACCAAAAUCCAGAAAAACGUGAAAAAAGCAGUACACGGCCGCUACAAUGUGUACACCCUUGGGUUUGGUUUUGAUGUUAAAUUCAGCUUUCUGGAGAAAUUGGCACUGGAAAAUAAUGGUAUUGCACGACGGAUUUAUGAAGAUUCAGAUGCUUCUUUACAGCUCCAGGGUUUUUAUGAUGAAGUGGCCAAUCCGUUGCUUCUGGAUAUUGAGUUGCAAUACCCAGAGAUUGCCAUUUCAGAUUUAACUCAAGCCAGAUUCAGGCAGUAUUACGAUGGGUCAGAAAUUGUUGUGGCUGGCAGGAUCAUAGACAAUACUUUGGAGUCACUCGCAACAGAGGUUGUGGCACAAGCGGCUAAUGAAAAGCUGACCUUAAAAGUUGAUGUGAACAUAGCAGAGGUCGAGAAUGUUACUCAACAACAAUACAUUUUUGGUGACUUUACUGAGCGAUUGUGGGCUUAUUUGACCAUACAACAACUCUUAGAGCAACGGGUUACUGCGGGUGAAAUAAAAGCAAAACGCCUAACAGAUAGAAUCCUGGAACUUUCACUGAAGUACAGCUUUGUCACACCACUAACUUCAAUGGUUGUCACAAAACCAAACGAUGCAAAGAAUGAAACCCUCGUGGCUGACAAACCAUCAGAAAAUGAAAAUGGCAGGGUGCCGUUUCCUAAGAGAAACAGCCAAAGAACAAGAUUACAUUCACAUCAUGGUGUUUCGAUGCCCGGUCACCCAGGAUUACGUUCACAUCAUGGUGGUUCGAUGCCCAGUCACCCAGGUGAGUUUUCCUCUCAAGAAAUGUUUUCUCGUUUAAGGCGGUGUCUGACUUUAAGGUUUCAAAUAGAAGAUUUAAUUUGUUACUAUAUGUUUUAUCUAUUAUUCCAACAGUUACCCAGAAUCUAUUACCCAGAAUCUAAUAUCGUUCAGCCAGAAGUCUUUGUUGUAGAAGGUAACUUUCGGACAGACUUCCUUGUUGAAGAAGCAACCCAAAUGAGUUUCCCAGAUGAUUAUUAUGAUAUGCCAGCAACCCAAAUGAGUUUCUCAGAUGAUUAUCAUGAUAUGCCAGAAUCAGACCUUAUCCUGGACAGUUACGACCUGACAAUAGUUGACAGUGAUCCUCAUUUCAUCACCUCAGUCAAUAGUCACAAAGAUACUGUUUGUUUCAACAUCGAUGGGAAACCAGGUUUGAUUCUAAAUCUGAUCACGGAUCCAUAUACAGGCUUCGUGGUAAAUGGCCAGUUGAUAGGAGAAAAGAAAGUAGAAAAGAAUAAGAAAAUAAACACAUACUUUGGAAAGUUUGGAAUUGUGAACAGCAACAUGGAUGUAAAGGUUGAAGUAUCGACUGAUGCGACCACAGUGUAUCAUGGAGAAGACAAGACGGUUUUCCCGUGGUCUGCAACUACAUCUGUAACAAUGGAGAGUUUCACAAUCUCCAUUGUGAAAGAAACAAAUCUCACACUGGUGAUGGGAGAUGAGGCAACAUUUGUCAUCGUGCUGCAUCGCGUCUGGAAAUAUCAUCCUCUACACCAGGACUUCCUGGGAUUUUAUACACUCGACAGCCACAGGCUCUCCAACAUGACCCAUGGAUUAAUUGGACAAUUUUACCAUGAACUGAAUGCUGAUAUCUCUAACAUUCGCCCUGGCUUAGAUGAAGGCAAACCUGAUGCAACGAUGAUUGUGAAGGGUCACACACUCAGAGUCACAAGGGGCUACCAGAAAGAUUACAGAUUUGAUCCGAUACGAGGUAACAACAUUUCAUGCUGGUUCGUUCACAACAACGGGGAAGGAUUUAUUGAUGGAACUCUGACUGACUACACUGUCCCUUCAUUAUUUGCCCCCCUGCGUCCAAUACCCAAGACUGAUGGUGAAAAUCCAUCCCUUUAAUAUCCUUUGCAUGCCUUUCAUGUUUAAUCAUUUUCCAUGUAGUGUACAUAUUGAUUAAAAAUAUAUCUGCAUGCAUUUCCUGUCUUUUGAUUUAUACAUUCUCUUUUUUCUUUUCAGUGGAUAUUUUCUUCAUAAAACAGAUUUAUAUUGUGCUAAAAUUAAAAGUGAGUGAUGU